UUGGCAAGAUGGCAGUGCGCCAUUUAUUUACUCUUUUUCUUCCAAUCAUUUUGGUUCUAAUGUGUCGUGGGGAAAAGCCGUACAAUGUUGAGUUGAAUACCUUUGAGAUGGACCAAACCAUCGAAAAUCAGGAUAACUGGGUGGUCUGGGGAACGCUGAGGAUGAAGAAGGUCUCGCGAAAUAAAUUUGUGGUGUCUGGGGACUUUGAAUUUAAACUCAAUAUGGCCGAUCAGCAAAAGAUUGCUCUAAUGGUUUUUACCUACGAUCAAAACACCAAAAAGCGCGGGGCGAUGGUCUUGAAUGUGAACAAGCCGUUCUGUCAAUUCAUCAAGGAGGACGAGGACACGUAUCCCCAGAUUCUGAAGGUCUCAAACUUGCCGGAGCAGGGAAAGUGCCCCUUUCCGAAGGGAAAAUACCAGAUUGACAACUACGAGCUGGAGACCAACUUCCUGCCCGAUAAUGCCCCCAAGGGGGACUAUCUGCUGCAGUUGACCUUGAUGGAUCGAGAGAUUCCAGUGGCUGGACUUGUGGCCACCGUGACCCUGACUUAGGAGUCCUUUUCUUUUUUUUUUGUCUUACUAGUUUAUUAUAUUUUCCGGUUGGAUCCAUUUGACACGAUACGCGUUAUUCUUGAUAUUUCAUUUAUAUUAUAAUUUACCUUAACUUGAACAUCAAUAUAACGA